GUCUAUCAAGUUUUAUCAUUGGCCAAAAUGAAGAUACCUAACCUAGUGCUGUCUAGGUAACCAGCGGUGGUAGAUCAGGUUACCAGCAGUGGUAGAUCUCAGGCAAGUCAGUUCGUCCACAUGAAUGGCUCCGUAUUUAAUUUCGAACGACCUAAUUAGUCGACCUUUGAAUACUUUCGUACUUUGCAACCUCCAGUCAUCUACUUAUAAAGGUCAGACAGCCGACACACUUAUUCUAUAAAAUAUAGAAGGACAGACACGUUGCAAAGUAUGCAUCAGCUUAAUCGAACUUAUUAACUUCGAAUCAACUAAUACCUAAGAGUUGAAUCUAUAAAAGAUCUAUUCCACACCAUCAUUUAAAUAGUCUUUAUAUUCCAAUGCCUAGCAACCUUAACCAGCAAGGUUACGAUACUAUGGCGGUUCCCGAGGAUGCUAGGCGAGAUCAAAGCACAACCACAACCCUUGACCACAAUAUUCAUAGUUCCGUAUCGUCUCUUACCUGGCAUCCCGCAAAUGUUCCUUCGGUUAUGCCAGUUAUUUGUACUGAGCCAUUGCCGCUUCAGCUUCUUGGUGUAGGAGCUCAUCUCAACGAAAGCCUCCCCUUUACAGGAGACGAGCAUCAUUCUCAUCCCCAACAAGAGCCGUUGGCUCAUAAUAUUUCCUGCCAAACGAGGCUCGCAAAAAGUCUCACGGCGACCGGUGAUUCAAACCACUCCGGAAUAGAUUCAAAUUGCGAAAGUGGCGACCACGUCGUAAACGAUAUCAUUAUGGAUCGUCUUUCGUUUGAGUCCGCGGCUCCAUGUUCUAGUUCGAUCGGAAGCCGUAGCGAGUCUCAUGAAGCAUUAGCAACUGUCAGUGCAGUGUCAAGCUCUUCUGGGGCGAUCAUACACCAGAGCCAUCAUCAUUUAUCUGACACCAAUAAUGAGUCUGCUUCACCGACCUUUAAAUGGGCUAUAACCCCUCUCCCUCGCGCAAUUUCAUAUUUCUGGUCAUAUUUAUACUCAAUAUCCGACAUUAGAGCGAUAGUUCGCUUCGUCGUCGUCAUCUUCAGCCACCUUAUGGGAAUUUGGACGGCACUCUCAGUCAGCAUAACUCCCGGACGGCUAGACGACGCCCUCCCAUCGCUCAACGACGACAGCUACCCGAUCAUGGUUGCCCAAGUAGCCGCAUCAAUGCUGUCUCCGCUGCUAUUCACUGUCGUGUCGACUAAGGAAGACACGGCAACGCUUCGGCAGAAGUUAACCUCUUUUUAUUACGUCUUACUUGUGGUCGGAGUCCUGAUGUCGCUUGUGUCUCUCUUGCUCUACUCGCUCUGGCCUUCGGGCUACCGCGUAACUAACAUUACUAUCAUUGCAAGUCUUAUGUUCGGCGUCCUCGGCAGCUGGCAGUUCUUGGAGAAGUCCUGGAAGAAGACAUUGUCGACAAAUGAGGACAUCGAGUUGGGCCUACGACAAGCUUGAUAUAUUGGUAUACCGUACUUUUCAGCUUAGGCGGGUUAGGUUUUAUUUUCUUCACUUCCAGGUACGGUUCGAGUUCAGCGCGGGAAAAUAGUGAGGGUUCUAAAAGGUUUAUUUGGAUUGGAUAUGGAGCGGGUAAAGGGUAUAGAUAAGGGUAUGUGCUAGAUUCUAACAAGUUUAGGAAAUUCUAUAUAGGUUAUGUUUCGGACGGUGAAAUGAUAUAUCAGUACUAAAAUCAGUUUCCUUUUCUUGUUGGAUAUCAAUUUUAUUCCUCAGUCCGUUGAGGGGAAAUAUGUUCAGGGGUUUAACCAGCUCAUAUGUUAACCCCUGAACGAAUAUAGAACACGGCUCAAAC